CCCUGAUGAUUAUGUUUACAAAUUCAUAGUCAUCAAAAGUUUAAAAAUGAUUCAAAUUUUAUUGACUUGUUUGUGGGGUGGUGUUGGUAUGGCUAGACCCUUAUAUCCUGAUGCGCAAUACACACCCGCUGCUUCAGGGACAAGGCCACUAUGUGCAAAUAAAACUGUCACAUUUUGUGAGGAAGUUGACAAAUACCCAACAAAACUUAUUACAGAUCUUCUGGAUCAGAAAUUGUUUCCAAUUGAUGAACUAUUUACAGAUGAAAGGGAAGGUCUGGAGGAACCACCAGAAUAUAUGCUCAACGACGACAUCUUUCUAACCUAUAAAAACGCAAAAGAUCAAAGAAAAACUAGGUCAACAAGUGCAAACUCAGAGAGGCGGAACAGUAUUCAAAAAUGUCAGGGAUAUAAGAAGACAGUGGAACCAAAACUCGCCGUUAACAAAAUGGGAGAAUGGAAAUACAUUGUGCAAGACGAAAGUUCUGAAAUGAGGCAAAGAAUACAUAUCCAUUUAUGCAACAAAGACGAGGAAUGCAACCAUCGCUGUCAUCAAUUUUACUCAUCAAUUCAAAUGUUUUCAGUUGAUUCAAUGGGGAUGACGCACAAAGAAAGAUUUUGGAUGCCAAGUUCAUGUCAGUGUAUGGAGAACUUACCAAAGAACUUUUGAUCUGAAAUAUUAGCAGAAAUAUACGUUAAACACCGUGUAAAUAAUGUCCCCAUCUUAAUAUUUAAAAAAAAAACUCAUUUUUCAAUUUAUAUGUAAAUAUUAUUCAAAUGUAUAUAUUGCAUUAUUAUGUAAAUACGUUUUUCUGAGUAUAAACACAUUUUGAUCUUA